UAAAAUCCAGGGCGAGUUCAGCAGGCGGGAGCAGGCCGAGAAACGUUCCUCGCCCUUGUGACAACCUCCUGCGUCCUCCUUCGGUGACCACCUCGUCUUUUUGCAGCCCGGCGGCGUCUACGUGGCCGUUUGCCCUCAGUCCCAGAUCUCCAGCAAAAGAGGAGGGAUACAUUUGGAGGGAGGCAAGAGGAAGCACCUGCAAGUCUCUUGGUUUAUUUUUAGCCCGUUUCCCAAAGAACCAUGCAGGGACCGAGACCAGUGGUUCUGAGUGGCCCAUCGGGUGCAGGGAAGAGCACUUUGUUAAAGAAAUUGCUUAAAGAUUAUGAGAACAUCUUCGGCUUCAGCGUCUCCCAUACCACGAGGCAGCCAAGACCCGGAGAAGUAAAUGGCAAAGAUUACCACUUUGUUACCAGAGAGGAAAUGCAGAAAGAAAUUGAUGCCGGUGAAUUCAUCGAGCACGCAGAGUUCUCCGGAAAUAUGUACGGGACGAGUAAAGGUGCAGUGCAGGCCGUUCAGGGCCAGAACCAGAUCUGCAUCCUUGACAUCGACAUCCAGGGCGUGAAGAACAUCAAGAGGACAGACCUGAACCCCAUCUACAUCUCCGUGCAGCCUCCGUCCAUAGACAUCUUGGAAAAAAGACUACGUGACCGCAAGACUGAGACAGAAGAAAGUUUACUGAAGCGUUUGACUGCAGCCCGUGUAGAUUUGGAACUUAGUAAAGAGCCUGGCCUGUUCGACUUGGUCAUUAUUAAUGAUGAUUUAGAAAAAGCCUAUUCCGAAUUGAAGGAGAUACUCCUGGAGGAAAUCAAGAAGACCCAAGAAUCCAGGAAGUCCUGAGCCGAGCCUGCUUGGACGUUUUAACUUUGCACAUCAUUCCCGAAGCAUAUCACACCAUUUUAUUCCGAGACAUUCCCUUUAGGCUGAUCCUCCUCCCGAGUUACUCUAGGAUGUUUCUAUUAAAAGGAAAGAAAACGAAA